GCGACCGGCGCCAUUGUGGUGCGGAGCAGGCCGCAGGCGGCGAGCGCGGCCUGGCAGCACCGACCUCCCGGCGGUCCCCGGCCCCGCUCGCAGCCAUGCCGCGUGUCUACAUCGGGCGCCUCAGCUACCACGUGCGGGAGAAGGACAUCCAGCGCUUCUUCAGCGGCUACGGCCGCCUGCUCGAGGUCGAUCUCAAAAACGGGUACGGCUUCGUGGAGUUCGAGGACUCGCGCGACGCGGACGAUGCCGUUUACGAGCUGAACGGCAAGGACCUGUGCGGGGAGCGGGUGAUCGUGGAGCACGCCCGAGGCCCCCGCCGGGACCGCGACGGAUACAGCUACAGCAGCCGCAGUGGAUAUAGCAGUCGCAGACAAUCGGGAAGAGAUAAAUAUGGACCACCUGUGCGUACAGAAUACAGACUGAUUGUUGAAAACCUUUCCAGUCGCUGUAGUUGGCAGGAUUUGAAAGAUUUCAUGAGGCAAGCUGGUGAAGUAACCUAUGCAGAUGCUCAUAAAGAACGCACAAAUGAAGGGGUAAUAGAAUUUCGAUCUUACUCAGAUAUGAAGCGUGCCCUGGACAAAUUGGAUGGCACAGAGAUAAAUGGCAGGAAGAUAAGGCUGGUUGAGGACAAGCCACGUUCAAGCCAUAGGCGAUCUUACUCUGGCAGCCGGUCAAGGUCACGCUCUAGAAGAAGGUCGCGAAGCAGGAGUCGCAGGAGCAGGAGUAGCCGCAGCCGAUCCCGUAGUGUCUCUAAAAGCCGGUCACGAUCUAAAUCCAGGUCACGGAGCAAAGAUCGUUCGCGUUCCAGAUCUAAAAGCAGGAAGUCAAGAUCAAAGAGCAAAUCUAAACCUAAGUCUGACCGGGGUUCCCGCUCCCGCAGCAGAUCCAAGGCAAAAUCUGAGAAGUCUCGCAGCAGGUCUAGGUCCAUGUCUCGCUCUCCCAAAGAAAAUGGUAAAGGAGAUGCUAAGUCUAAAUCCAGAUCAAGGAGUAGGUCUCGUUCCAACUCGCCACAGCAGCAAGCCUCUGUCAAGGCUCGUUCAGAGUCACCAUCCAAAAGAGCUGCAUCAAGGUCCCACUCCAGAUCUCAUUCAAAGUCUCGCUCACGAUCAAGAUCUAGUUCAAGAGAUUAAGACUAGAACUCUCCUCUUACUUUGCACACUAUUAUGGAACAUUUUCCUACUUGCCAGGCCAUUAGUCUUUUAUGUUAGUCCUUCAGAAGUUGGUUCCUUCUUUUGCAGAAAGGAAUGGCCUGAGAACCAAGUAAUGAGGCAUAAAGGUUUGAUUUGUAUCUAAAUUUGGUGAAAAGAUGAGGUGGUGUGGAAAUGGUGGUAAGAGCAGGAAGAGAGUCCCCUUUUUCUAGAAAAAUAAAGUUAAACUUUUGAUUUUUAGCAUUUCAGCAGAAAUAAUUUGACUGCUGUUAAGAGGAAAGUGGGUUUUAUAUUAAAAUAAACUCUUAAGCAUAAGACGCUUAAAUUCAGGCUUUUUUGAGAACGUCAUUUUUUUUUUUUCCUAAUUUUUCACUCUUAAAAUUACGGGCCUUAGUAGUAUAAAAGGUUACGUCUUGCUAUCAAAGACACAAAAGCAUUGUUGAACUGGUCAGUGUAGAUGCCUUGGCUAUUUCAGUUUGUGGAAGCAAAGUGGGAACUGUACAUACAGUUAAUAUAUAAUAACUAGGCAAAUUUCAGACCAGCAAUAAACUCAAGUUGGAAGCACUUGUGCUGUAUCUUAACUCGCCAAAAGUAAGCUUCAUGUCUCUCCUCUUCCUUUCCCCUUCCCCAACUACUCUGACUGUAUUAAAAGCUAAUAAAGGUACUACUCUGUAGCCUUGCAUGAUGCAGUAUUGCCUAAAAUCCUAGGUAUCAAAGUUCAAAGAAUGGAAGUGUUGUGACUCUACUUUGCUUGGAUUCCAGGUGAUGUUCCAACUCUGACACGUUUGUGUCUUUUGGAUGUGGUCCAAGUCACUAGUGUUUUGUAUGGCUUGCUGAACUCUAAAUGUUUAUCUAUUGGGUAUGUGAAAAUAAGUAACUUUUAAACUCUCUUUCCUGCACACACCCCCCCCCCCCUCGAGUUACCACCCACUUUGCAUCAAAAUAAGAGCCACAGUCCUAUUGUGUGUGAAUUUUAAACCUUAUAGGGAUCUCUAAAUACAUUGGAGCUAGAGUUCUAGUCUUAACAGGAGACUUUGCUAAACCAGAGUUGCCAAUUCACUUACAAAUUGUGAAGUAGAUUUCAUCUCAAAAGUCCCAUUUAUAGUUAAAUUGAUUUUUUUUUUUUUAAUUUUUUUUUUUUUUUUUUGGUAACAUGCAAUACUGAACAUUAGAACUGCCUUGUAAUCUUUAUACAAUGUGUAGUUUAACUUGUAUAAAAUUAAAUCAGUGACUCAAACUCUUGUGCUUAUGCCAAUGGAACUGAACUCUUUUUUGCACGCACAGUAGAUCUACCACUGUGAUGGACUUCAGCAGAACCAUUAUCCCAUGUAUAACUCUUGCAGAUCUCAUGAUAAACGAAAUUAAAUGUAGCAGUAAAUACUGUA